ACUGAGCAGCAAUGGACGCGCAGUGUGGCGUGUUGGUGGCGUCGUUUCUAUCUUUGCGAGAGCGUCGCGAGCUUCGAGCAGUAAGCCGUCGAUGGCUGUUCACCUGCACUUGGUUGCAAUUUAGUGGCAAUGACAAGAGCGAAGUGCAACCGAGAAAAUCUGUCUGGAACCUCCGCAGCCGUGCAUUUCGACAUGCGUGGACCACCUUCAUGCGCGACAAGUGUCAUUCAUUCCUGCCUCUCCUGCUGAAAAUGUUGCCUGUUGCUGCAGUAGAGGAGACCAUGGAGCUCAAGAAAGGUCUUUGUUUAUCUACAAACAUCGGACAGCGACCUUCGUUCGAGAACGCUCAUGCUCGCAGCGGGUACAUCCAACAGAAAAUCAAUCGCUGCGGGAAUUUGCCCAAUUUGCUGCUGACGGAAGAACUCAGUGAGCUACGAUCGGAAUUGUUUCGAGUAAACCAGUCCAAGCGUUGGAACAUGGCACUCUAUGGAGGAGGUCCAGGGUACGACGCCAUUGGUACAGUCUUCAUGCGCGAGUUCUUUCGAGCAUGGGAUGCGUAUUUCCAUGCCACCGUGUAUGAUAAUGAACCCGGCUGGAAGUGCGCGAUUGACGCAGCAGGGCAAACAUUGAACCAACUCGGUCAACGCAACGUCUCACUAAGUUUCCAGCACUGCGAUAUUACGCUUGAUCUGAGUACUGUGGAGAACAAGCACGUCAGUCUGUCGCUGAGAGACACUCAGCUGCAUUUGUUCUCGUUCGUUUGCGUGGAGAACUUCUGUCUGCUGCGUGACAGCGAGUACGUGUUCCUGCGCUCGCUUUUCGCGCAGUGCAGUGUCGGCAGCUACUUCAUCUUCACGGACUCAACACACCGACUAUGGCCUGCCAUCUUCGACGUGGCCAACGCCGUCGCACUCGAUAGGUUCCGCGUAUGGACGCCGUUCGCCCGAAGCUGUCACUACGCACUUGUGCUCCACAAACUACCCGAUCGCUCAAAACCAGCGUCCGCGUACCCAUUCUACACUCAAGCGAAGCAGAAACUCGAGGAUUUUCGACGUCAUCAACAGAAACACCUUGAAACCAUGCAGACACAACAGCAAGAACGUACGGAUCAAGUUGAAGACGAGGGUCGUGCCCUAGUAGAGUUAGCAAGUGUCGAACCUAAUUGAGAUUAUUCUACACACCACUAUUACACCAC